UCCGUAUUCCCAAACUGUUCAAAUCAGUGAAGGUGAAAAUGGCGUCGCGAAUUUGCAGAGCGAUUCGCCCGAUCGCAAACUAUGCUAGAAAGCAGCUAUUACAGCAGCCAAUAGUUACAGCCCAGAUUAGACAGCAAUCAAGUGAGCCUUGCUCUACCAACACCAAGGACACCAAGCCAACAGUCCGACCUCAGAAUGCCUUGUUGAAACAACAGUUGCGGGACUUUGGACAGUAUGUAGCCGACUGCUUGCCAAAAUAUGUGCAGGAGGUAGCUGUAACAUAUACAGGAGAACUAGAGAUUAUGAUCCACCCUGAAGGUGUUCUGCCAGUACUGAGCUUCCUUAAAGACCAUCACAACGCCCAGUUCUUGAGCAUCGCUGAUAUUGCUGGUAUGGAUGUGCCAACACGAGAGUACAGAUUUGAGAUAAUUUACAAUCUGCUGUCACUGCGUUAUAAUACACGCAUCCGUGUGAAGACUUACACAGAUGAGCUCACCCCUCUUGACUCUGCUUGUGAAGUGUUUGCAGGAGCCAAUUGGUAUGAACGUGAGAUUUGGGACAUGUUUGGAGUGUUUUUUGCCAACCACCCAGAUCUUAGACGAAUUUUAACUGACUACGGAUUUGAAGGCCAUCCCUUUCGCAAAGACUUCCCCUUGUCUGGCUAUGUAGAGGUUCGCUAUGAUGACGAAGUGAAGCGUGUAGUUGUAGAACCUAUUGAACUGGCUCAAGAGUUUCGCAAAUUUGAAUACUCAACACCUUGGGAGACGUUUCCUUCUUACCGCAAGCUGGAGGCAGGAGAGGAUAGCCCAAAACCAGAACCCCAAAAAUAAAUGCACAUUAAUAAAGGGUCUUUAUGCCUGAGAUUUUGAUGUUGAUUUAGUGAUUAAGACUACAGUGUACUCCAAGACCGUGAUUAAUUUGCUGCAUUUUAUAGGCCUGUACAUUAUGUACUCAGUGAACUAUUAAGUGCUUGCAAGAUACGUGUGAAGUUUGAUGUAAAUUAAAAAAAAACAUGAAUGGCUAUAAUUCUUUUUUUCUAGAAGAAUUUGCCUUAGUGUUUAAAAAUUGAAAAUAAAAUUAUUGGAAAUUGUUUUCCAAACUAGUUUCUAUGUGAAGACGUUUCAAGGAUUAGAAAUACAUUGCAGAAAAUA